GACAAGCUCUGAGUACUGACUAUCGAGCUCCGGGCAGCACGCCCAAAGCGGAGUGUGAAUAUCAUCGGUUUUUACCGAGGCGCGUUACCGCAGUGACGCGUCCCAUAGCAUAAGCAGUCUGUCUUGCUCAUCGUUCUCUCCGUCGUCCGGAACACUUCUUUCACCGUCUGACACGAUGCCUCCAAAAGCUGAUUGGGAGAAAUACGAGAAGAAGGCCGACGACAAGGAGGAGAAGAUUCAAGCUCUUACUACUAGCGACAUUCAAAUCCUCAAAACCUAUGGCCAAGGCGCAUACGCCGCAAAGUUGAAGAAGACAGAACAUGACAUCAAAGAAGUGCAGAAGCGGAUAGAUGAGAAGCUUGGCGUGAAGGAGUCCGACACAGGCCUAGCUCCGCCGAAUCUCUGGGAUCUUCCUGUCGACCGACAACGCAUGGGAGCUCAUCCAUUGCAGGUUGCACGGUGUACUAAAAUCAUUCCUGUCGACCCCAAGAAAGCCGAGGCUGCACGCGCCGUCAAUCCCGUCGGUGCCGCUCAAGGCCAGAAGGGGGCUGACGAGCAAGACAAAUAUGUCAUCAACAUCAAACAGAUAGCUAAAUUUGUUGUUGGUCUUGGUGAUCGAGUCGCACCGACAGAUAUUGAAGAGGGUAUGCGUGUGGGUGUGGACCGGAAUAAAUACCAAAUUCAGAUCCCACUACCACCCAAGAUCGAUGCUUCGGUGACGAUGAUGCAGGUUGAGGAGAAGCCCGACGUAACGUAUUCGGACGUUGGUGGAUGCAAAGAGCAAAUCGAGAAGCUGCGUGAAGUCGUUGAGACGCCGCUACUAUCACCCGAACGCUUCGUCAAGCUAGGUAUUGAUCCCCCAAAGGGGGUUCUUCUCUUUGGGCCGCCAGGAACCGGAAAAACCCUUUGUGCACGGGCAGUCGCCAAUCGUACAGAUGCCACUUUCAUCCGCGUCAUUGGCUCCGAGCUUGUACAAAAGUAUGUCGGCGAGGGUGCGCGAAUGGUGCGCGAGUUGUUUGAGAUGGCACGCUCAAAGAAGGCCUGUAUUAUCUUCUUCGACGAGGUCGACGCUAUCGGUGGGGCGCGAUUUGAUGAUGGCGCCGGAGGUGACAAUGAGGUGCAGCGGACAAUGUUGGAGCUAAUUAACCAGUUGGAUGGAUUCGACCCCCGAGGGAAUAUCAAGGUACUCAUGGCCACAAAUCGCCCAGAUACUCUUGACCCUGCAUUAUUGCGUCCCGGUCGACUUGAUCGGCGGGUAGAGUUCUCGUUGCCUGAUAACGAGGGCAGGGCUCAUAUACUUAAGAUUCAUGCUCGGAGUAUGAGCGUCGAACGCGACAUCCGAUUCGACCUUAUUGCUCGAUUAUGUCCCAAUACGACGGGUGCUGAGCUUCGGUCAGUUGCAACUGAGGCUGGCAUGUUUGCAAUUCGUGCGCGGCGGAAGGUUGCUACGGAGCGCGACUUCCUUGACGCUGUGGAGAAGGUCGUGCGGCAAGGGACGAAAUUCUCGUCAACUCUUUUGCAAGAACUUGGCAAUUAUGCAAGUCAUUUUCUAAUGUCAUUCCGUCCGUCCAGCACAAUGAUGAUCAGCCUUCGAGUGGGUGCCCUCGCAGCGCGUACCAUCCAACGGCGACGGUACCAUGUUCGUCGUGCACCGUCGCCACCGUCUGCUGAAGCUGCUCGACUUCUAGACUCAUUCGCAGCACAUCCACCACUUCCUUUAACGCUCUCAACACUCGUGUCCUUUGGGAACCCUUUAACACCUGCAUCUGUGCUGCGCUCAGUAACCUACGUGCUCUCUGAGAUACCAAGACGCAUGGCCCAGCGCGUCCACGCCCUCGAGGCCUUGCCAUUCAUUGUCGGCACUAAUCCAUAUGUUGCACGAACUCUCAACGGUCACAGAGACAGCUUCAAUGUACUCGCCACUUAUCCCGAAGUGCGCACACUUGAGGACAACAAAAAAUUUGUCGAUGAACUAGAUAUACUCGUGCAGAGACAUAGAAACGAUAUACCAACCAUGGCCAAGGGAUUCCAAGAGUGCUCGCGAUACAUGUCACCGACUCAAAUAUCCAACUUCCUCGAUGGUGCUAUCAGAUCCCGCAUUUCUGUACGCCUGAUUGCUGAACAACAUAUCGCGCUCUCACACGCACUUGCUACGGAGGAUCCCGGCGCUGCAGAGGCUGGUGUGCUCAUGCACAAUGGUGUCAUUGAUCCCAAGUGCUCCCCCGCGGCCAUGGUCCGCAUGUGUGGCACAUUCGUCAGCGAACUAUGCGAGGCGACCCUCGGUGCAAGCCCUUCCAUUACGAUAGAUGGCUGUCCAGAAGCUGUGUUCGCCUAUGUCCCUGUGCACCUUGAAUAUAUCCUCACCGAAAUGCUCAAGAACGCGUUCCGCGCGACCGUAGAGCACCACCACAAGCUCCAUGACCUCGUUUCAUCCCGUCCGCUACCACCCGUACAAAUCACCAUCUCACCCCCCACUCCAUCCCACCCAUUCCUAUCGAUUCGAAUUCGCGACCAGGGUGGUGGCGUCUCACCGUCCAACAUGGCUCGUAUAUUCUCAUACGCUUUCACUACCGCAGGGCAUGCCGAUGACCAGAAUGGAGAUGGUGGCCCGUACGCUGCCCAGCAUAUUGGCGGGAGCGCUGCCAUAGGGAGUGGCAGUGCAGGGGAAGGCGGGAACCUUUUUGGCGAGAUUACAGAGAAGGGUAUCCAGGUAGGCCUUGGAACAAUUGCAGGUUUAGGGUACGGACUCCCUCUGAGUCGAUUAUACGCAAAAUAUUUCGGUGGUUCAUUGGAUGUAUUUUCGCUUGACGGGUGGGGUGAGCUCGAUCAGGUAUUCUUGGGUCGUUUCGGACUUGCUGAUGAUCUUGCAGGCAGCGAUGUCUUCAUUAAACUUAGAUGUCUGUUAGAUGAAGCAGGUAACGCCGAGAUAUAGAUCUAUCAGACGUGGUAACGUGUAGCUGUAAUUCAUUUCUGACAUUUGGCUGUUACUCUAAAGCUCGUGUCUCCAAGCAGCCAUAUAACUUGCGUGUUUUUCCGGUGUCCUGUCGACAAUAGUUAAUGCAUCUUGAUUGUGUGUGGGUGUGAAUCUCCCAAUUUCAUUCUUGUCUCA